GCCAAAUUUCCGGAUUUGCCAGGUUUUAGGGUAGGGCAUUUUAUAGUGUGGAUGACAGAUAGUGACCUGCUUCUUUGUAGGUAUAGACACCAUGCCUGGGUUUCAACACGUUUACUUACAUUUAUUUACAUGAGUUACAUAAACACAGACAUUCCAAGACACAAAGGAAAGGAGCCUUUGCUGACAGGUAGAAUUUGGCUAAUAUCAGCAUGAACCCAGCAGGACAACAACUCACACUUAUCAGCCGCACCUUGUAAAACCAACAGCCCAACUACAGGAAGCUCCCAGAACAGAACACAGCCCAACAGUGCGCCAUCUGGCCUGCAGGGUGCGCUGUGCUGCAUACACCUGGCCUGCACGCUGCACCGUGUUUCCCACACCUGGCCUGCAGGGCGCGCUGUGCUGCACACUCCACGUGAACUCCAUGUCCAGAUGCAGAUGGAUGUGGCCCCGAAUGUCACUGCCAGUGAGGGGCCAGGGCUCUGGAACUUGGAAUAUGUGAUCACCUGCUUCGCUGAUGAGAAAGUCUGCGUGUCCUUCGGGCUCUGGAUCCUGUCCUGCCUAUUCUGGUUCACCUCCAUCUCCCUGUGAGUCAACUUUCUGUCCGCUUUCCUUUUUUUCCUUAAAGUAGCCCAAUGUGAUUAGUAAACUGACUUUUUUUUUUUUAAAUCGUUGUUCUGCCAGUUUUCCUGGAAUACUGUACGUGUGCAGAGUUGAUCAUGGGGGAAAAAGUGUGGUGAUAUGUAAUUUCUUGUGAAUGCUAUUCGGAUGGGUACAGGGCUGGGGGUCCUAUUGUAUCCCUCCCACUCAUAGACUUAUGUAAAGGGAAGAGGCACUGACGUGCUGGGUGACAGGGCUAAGUGCUGGCUUUGGGAGUUCUGGUUUUCUGUCCUGAAAGCAUUGAUUGGGCUUCAUGGUUUACUGGUACUGCAGGGGUUAAGUCUGGAUGUGAGCAGGAGGGGUGGAUGAGGAUUAUAUCCUGCUAGAGUCUUACCUGGCUGGCCCUCAUUAAGCAAACAAUGCUGAUAUAGUGUGUGCUCCACAAGCCUUGAGUACAUAAAGCAAUACUGUAUUUUGGGCUGUAUUUGUCAAAGCACUUGGGUGCUAUUCUGGGACAAAGUGCUACAUAUGAAAAAAUCACCAUGGAAACCAAGAUACUUUCUCUAAACAUUUGUACAUUGCAACAGAAUGGCUCAUAUUUGCCUUGAUAAAUCUUAAAUAACCCCCCAUACGCUGGAUACAAAAAUAACACUGUCUGGAUAUGAGAAGCAAUUUUGGGGGGCGUAAAGGUGCCACUGCACUUUUUCUAAACUAACAUAAGAGGAGACACUUAAGCUUUUCAGCAAGCUAAAGUGCUUUUGGUAUCUGGAGUGUCCCUUUAGUGCAGGGGUGCCCAAAAGAUAGAUCCCCAGAUGUUUUAAACCUACAGCUUCCAUUAUGCGUUUUUAUUCCAAAGGCAUUCCAAAGACCUGCAAAGCAUCAUGGGAGUUGUACUUCUGUAGCAUCUUUGGAUCUACCUUUCGGGAACCCCUGCUUUAGUGGUUUGCUUACUAACCGGUGAAUUGAAAAAUUAUAAAAUGGCAAUAGGUCAAACUGUGACUAAAGCUGAAAUGGAGAUUUUAUUUUUCCAAAUCAGAAAGUUUUGCCUACAUUGUGCAAUUUGAUUUGCCCCUGAGGGAUUUACACUCUAAUCUAAACCAUGCAUUAUGAAGGCAACAACAGGGAGUUGGAAAAAUAUCUAAGUGGGAAAACCUUUAAGUUCCCUGCGUUUCCCAGUAUAGUGAAUAAACCCCUCUAUGUUCAAUCUAUAUGUAAAGUGAUUUUGCUCUUGGACAGUAAUGUAUUAGUAUAUUAACUUAGCAUAAAAAAUGACAUGGGUAAUCGCUGUCUGUAAAUAAUAAUGUUCAGGCUUUCACAUUGUCUUUCAGGCAUUUCUAUUUGAGGUGCAAAAGAAAAUCCACUCAUCAUGUAUCUGUGUUCUGGCACGUCUAUAGCUUUUUCGGAUGCAUGUGUAAUACAAUUGGAGCUCUCUUGUCUAAGCAGCUAACCAUCCAGGUAUGUUUCUUAUUGCGUGCGUGUCUUUUUUGAUAAGUCAUAUGUUUUUACCAGCACACACUAACAUUCACUUUACUAAAUUGUAAAGGUUGGUUGGUGACUAUAAAAUGUGUAAAUGUUUUAUUACCUGCUAAUUGUGCAGCACUGCAAGAAUGUCAUUCUCUCUUGAAAAAGAAUUUUAAUGAGGAUUCUAGAAUUGGUUAACAUUUCAUUGUUUCGUGGAACGAAGACAGCGUCUAUAGAGCUGGCGGAUACAUUUUAUAAAUAUAUAUGCCACCUGCAUACUUAGUCUUAACUGAAUUCCUUUUUCCAGGGCUUGGGCCUUGGGUCAAAUCUGACAUUCUAGUGCAGAUUUGUAUCGCCUUCUCCCUGAUAAGCCGGUUGUUUUGGUGACUUCUUUAGCCAUUGGAGCCAUUAUGACAUCAUCACGUUUGGAUUUAUCAGAAGGCCCAAAAGGCAACUCCCUACAGGUGCCUGUCUGCCUUCGGCAACAAUUUAAUUUUUUUUCAAAAGCUGGUAAAUUAUGGAUACUGUCACCCCUCCUCAAUUUCUAACGUCAAGGGUUUAGUCACUGAAAGCAGAUAUCACGUAUCUUCCCGUUGUUUGGCUAUGCACUAAUAUAACACAAAGCCAAAAGUAAUUGAAUUUUUUACUAUGAAAUUAGGACUGUAAAUGAAACACGGAUACUUAAUUGCCAUUUUUAUACAUUUUAUUGAUUUGUCUUCCAGGUGAUCACUGGGAGUUAUAUGGCAGCAGCAGAUGUUGUGCAUUUUAUGUUAACUCUCUUCCCUGUCUGCCAUUUUAAACACAGAUCCAGAUCUGGUAUGUAGCUAUGUUUAAUGGCUCCUCUGUAUUUUAUGAUUGAUUUAUAAGAUUAGCAACACCAAGGUCCACAAUGGGGUUAAAAAUAUUUUAGGGUUGUUGUUAUGUUAGCCAGGUCUCAGUGGGUUUAUUUGCAUGUGAAUGUAAAAUGUAAUGAAUACUGUAUUAAGAUUAUAUAAGACUCCAGUCUCUAGAGAAUGAAUUACCCAGUAGCUGCUGUUAGCCUGCCUGAGUUUGCACUACAGAUUCAGGGAGCAAUGAGUUACUUGAAGGGGAACCUAUAGCCCUGAAAACAACAAUCAUCAUUUUGGGACAAUCCAUAGGUUCCCUUCUAUCGAUGUGAUCACUGUCCACCCCCUUUGCUCUCGAAAUUGAUGUUAAAUAUAGUUAACUUGUCUCAUUUCCAACCCUUAGACACCUUCACUGCAGCUUCAAGCUCCUCCUCCAUAGAUGUCAGCAGCCCUGCUGAUGCCACACGCCAUCUCGUCCAAUCCAAUGCUUCUCCAGGAGUAGCAUUGAGGAUGAGAAUGCAUGCACAGCAAAAUGCUGCAGUCAUCCAAUAAAAUGCAGAAGCACCUCUAGUGGCUGUCAGGAAGAUAUGUACAGAUGACUUGCACAGUAUCUCUAAUAAGUUUCUAUGAGAGCUCUCACGCAUGUGCUGUUGCAUUCACUCUCCCCCACCCCCAAAAAUUAAUAAAAAAUAUAAGACUUGUAGUGAAUGAUGAGCUGUAGUUUAUUGAAUAUGCACAGCACUUGCAUUGAAAACAAUAGGUUGAUCGGGAGAUUUUAGUCACUUACUGUAUCCUGCAGAAGCUGUAUACUUGAAGCAAAUGCAAUGUGAUUAUCUUUCAUUGUAAAGUUUUGGGGUUUAUUUUUUUUUUUGUUUUAGUGCUUUGUCUCCCUAAGUGGGGAAUUUCGUUUUGGUCUUACCCUAGAUGUUGGGCUUGAAGUGACAGGUUAACUUUAAUGGCCAUUGCAGUGUUUCUAAGACCUCUGUUAUUUAAAUGUGCAUUGCUGUUUGGGAUAGUACACAGGUAGGUUUUUUGUUUUGAACCUAUAUUAACCAUCAUUGCAUAUAUUAAUUGUCCAAAACAGGACAGUUAUCCACCAUGUUUGUUUUUAGAAUUCUUCCAUUGUAGACUCUUGUGUAAUUUGCACACAAUUAAAAAGACGUUUAUUUAUCUUGACAUAAAUGUUUGUAUUUACUAAGCUUUAAAGAUAAAACAAUACGCUUAUGUAGAUAAAGACAUGUAUCCUACAAUUUAAAAUAUAUAUUUUUUACAGAUCAGAGGAAUUCCAGAAAAAGGAAAAGGCACAAAGUCAUACUAUCUGCUCUCUCAAUUUAUUUAUUUGUCGGCGUUGGGUGUUACUCUUUUAGCCCAAACAGAUAUAUUUAUGGUGAAGUAUCUCACACUAAUCAAAGGCGUUUGCUUGGGACAGUUUUACAGGUAAUUUAAAAUAAUUAAUUUAGCAAAAUAUUCUAACCUUUUUUUAUACAUCACGAAGAGCUAUUGAUAAUUAGGCACUUAAUUGCAACUAAGGACAACUGUCACCUGAAAAGUAUUUUUAAUGUAAUAAUCCUUUUAUUUAGUUUUUAAUGUUUUGGUUUUUUUAAUGAAAUUUAUGUAAAAAUUAAGAAAAACCCAUCCCUACCUGUAGUAUAUGAUGACAGGAUCCACAGCCAUGUACAUGCACCUAGGGUCAGUGAGUGUUUAAACUUUUAUUCUUUUAAAUGACAGCAGUUGCUUUAAAGGGGAGUAUCGUUUUUAACAUUAUGUUUUUGCACAAUUAUAUCAUACAUCAUGAAAAUUGGAUCCACUUCCUGCCUAAAUUUUUAAGAUUGCGGGCUACUUGCAGGAGUUAGAAUUUGGCACGGUGAAUGUCACAAAGCUGAUAAACAGGUUUUUUUUCACUUGCUGCCACCUGAUCACUCAUCAGUAGGAGAGUGAGCACUCACAGCAUCAGAGUACACCCAGCCAAUCAGCUCUGACUGUCACACUGAAGAACGUUAACAAAAUAUUAUGAUCUGAGAAGUGAUGCAAAAUAGUGUAAGUGUAUUCACAAAUGGAAUGUACUUCUUAGUUCCAAAGUGCUUCCUCAUCACAUAUGGGAUUCAUUCCUCAUUAUUAUUAUUUUUUUUUAAAUUAAUUCUUCACACCAUUUAUUAAUAUAUUACAAUUUUACACAAUUGAUUUAUUUAACGUGUCAGUGCUCCCUUCUCUUCUUCUCACUAUUCCAUGUAAAGUACAUUCAUCCCCCCCCCUCCCCUGUUAUAAAUUGGCAAGAAAACAACCUUCACUGUGUCAGGAACAAUGCAGUUAGAAGCAAGGUGUGUACAAAGUAUUAUAUAUGCCUGCACUGUAUUAGAUGUUUAUAUCCAAUACCCUGUAUUCUAUCUCUUUCAGGAGAGUACAGACAUUGUAGGAUUCACACUUGGAAUAAUUGCUGUAAUUGUGUCAUGGACAGUACGGGUACCUGUCAUCACAAAAGUAGUGAGUAUUUAACAAUAAAACUUGGUAGUCUAUAACAAACACUGAAUAUGUAGUGCCUCGGGGAAUUUUUGUGUUAACUUUAAAAUAGCUAUCUUAUUUUAAGUAGAUUUCUGCAUUUCACUAGGGUUUUUGUUUGCUUUUUUGUUUGUUUCCUUUUCCAGAUGUUGAUAUGAAAAUGUUUUGUUAGGUGAACACUGACUUUGAUGAAAGAAGAGCUCUUUAAUUGGGGAAUAAAAAAAUUAUUUAAGAGAAAAAAAUAAAUAAACGGGAAAAAAAACUUAACUCAGUGACUGAAAUAGCUUCUUGUAAAUAGUGAACUCAACUGAUGUUCAGUAACUAUCCUGCUUGGUACCAGAGUGCCCUGAAAAGUGAGCAAUCGUACAUCUGGUAAGAGUUGUCCUUGAAACAGAUAAUCAAUGAGUUAACAGUAAAUUGCAGUUACUUAAUGCAAUUUCACUCAAGGCAAUUCUAGAGUCAUUGACUCAUGUUCAGGUUUUUCCAGACAUCUCUAAUGACAUUUUGUUCAGAACAUGUCUGCUUCAGGCAAAUUUGUAAAAUUAUUAAAACGUUCUCUGAAUAACUUUUGAAGCUGGAAAAACAUCUCAACUUUUAACAACCCUUACUCCACAUUAAAUAUUUUUUUUUUUCCUCUGACUUUAACAGAAGUUCUUGUGUCACCUUUUAAAGUUCUAUAUGUGAAGAUAUCACUAAGAAUAUAUUUUGUAGAAAUAAAAUGCCUAUUUGAGAAAAUGAUCAAAAAUCAUAAAGUCAUUAAAGGGUUACCACAAGCAUCAUAACCUCUACAGCCUACUGUAGUGUUUAAGAUGCCAGUAGUACCCUAGCUUGGUAAUGGGACAAACGGUUUGUUUGCCGGUUACCUUCUUACGUGGGUCCCAGUGGGGCUACGAGACUUCCUGCUGCAGACCUGCAGAAGUAGGUAGCUGAUCUAGUCGCCAUUCAUUGACUGAGAGCAUCAGCCAAUAAAUGGAAACUUUGCAAAACAAAAUUGACAUUAGCGAGGCCGUAACUUCUGUUGCUGGAGGUGGAGUAACACCUCCAGGAGCCAUGGGGUUAAACUCAAUCUAUGCAGCAUUUUACAGUGAAACGCUGCACAUACAGACUCCAGGCAUGGAGUCAAAAUUCUAAUGUAAUUGUGGUCAUGGUGUUUGGAGUAGCCAUUUAAAGAGUUGACAGAUGUAAUUUAGAAAGUCUGAUAGCUGAAAUUUUCCAUUAAUUUUAUUGAAUGUCGUUAGAGAAUGUAGGUUAUCAUUGGCUCACACAAACCAUGGAAGAUAUAACUACACUAGUACUAAUAUAUAUAAUUUCCUGCUCUAGGGGCCACAGGUAAGAUAGGAUACACCUGUGCUCCAUGUCUCACAAGAACCCUUGUUGUAUCACAUGCUAAAAAUCACUAAUGUGUAGCAAAUUAUACAGAAUUUCUCAGUUGGUAUCUUCUUUGUCCUCGAUCCCUUUCUCUUUAUUUUGUAGAAUAACUAUGGUAAUUUUAUUUCCAGUGCAGAGGUAUGGUGUUUUCUGUUGUGCAGAUCUGGGCGGUCUUCUUCUCCGCGAUGGCCAGCAUUAUGUACACGGCAGCAAUUAUGUCUCACAACCGCCAUCCAGAAUAUUUUCUAAGAGCAGCACCUUGGUUCCUUAUCUUCAUAGGUUCAGCCGCCCUGGAUAUUGCUGUAUCCUUUUUUUUUAAAUUUAUUUUAUAUCUGUGACAGUCCAGCUUUUAUAUCACCGUACAGUGAGGUUAGGUCAGGGUUAGCUAACCGGUAACUGAACUACAAUUCAGCAAGGUUCAGUAGCAAGACACUGGACUUUUACUUCUAUCACUCUUGGCCAGCUUGACUUCAGCUAGCUUCUGGUUGAGGUUCCAAAGAGAUGAGGGUAAACAAUAUGCUAGAACCUGCAAUCAUUUUUGCAUUUUCUAUGGAGAGACCAUUGUCCUGACUCCAUGCAGUCUCAGUCAGUUGGCUCCUCAUCAUCUGAACACUGUAACUUUAGAUUAGAUUAAUCUGAAGACAAGUUUGAGUCACAUAUAUUCAACUAGGAACUAUGGUGCAUUGACUGGGGAAUUGCAAGUUUUAUCCUAAAUUAUAGAGUUUGGAGAAUAACAGAGUUGUAGAAUUAUUUUCCAACUUGGUAAUUUUGGCCUAAAAUUUGCAAUUCCCAUUGUCAGCACAGCAUAGUUAAUUUUGGCAAAUAAAAAAUAUAUUUUUCUAUAAAAUAUCAGUGUUUGUGUAUAAAGUCCUUUUAUUUUGCCUUUGGGAUUGAACCUGGAAAUCUUAUUUCAUAAUUCCUUCUAAAUAGCAGUUUAAGUGUGCUAAGAUUAUUGUAAAGUAAGUAUGGCUGGCUGCGAGUGAUGAUCUUAUUACUGCCAUUCUUUCAUUUAGCUUGGUAUAGUGUUUUUUUAUGGAUUAAGGCAGCAGAGGACUAAUUGAACAAUGCAAACAGAGAUUCUAAAAAGGAUGAAUCCCUUAAGGACUCAACUUCAGAAAUAAAAACCCAACAUGUUUUCGUCAUGUGUCCUUGAGGAGUUAAUAUAGAUAUAUCAUGUACCAUUGCUGUCUCUGCUUAGAACACUAAUUCUCAUUAAAAUACUAAUUUUAAAAAAUCCCUGGAAAUGUUCUCCAAUCCAACUAGUUUUCCGGCUCUGCUGUUUGUUGUAAAAUUUGCACUUCUCUUUCCAAUGUACCUCUUCCUGUCACUCCAUGUAGAUUGUGCUUUGGUAAAAACAAAGCUGCUUCCGCUGGUUUGUUCUUUUGAAAGGAUGCGUUGGGAUGAAUGCUGUGCCAUAUGGUAGUUCAUAUACCGUAUAUACUCGAGUAUAAGUUGACCUGCAUAUAAGUCGAGACCCCUAAUUUUACCCCCAAAAAUUGGGAAAACUUAUUGACUCGAGUAUAAGACUAGGGUGGGAAAUGCAGCAGCUUCUGGUAAAUUUCUAAAUAAAAUUAGAUCCCAAAAGAAUUAUAUUAAUUGAAUAUUUAUUUACUGUGUGUGUGUGUGUGUGUAUGAAUGCAGUGUGUGUAUGAGUGCAGUGUGCGUAUGUGAUGCAGAGCCUUGGUGGUGGGGGGGGGCAUUUUUUUUCUCUCUCUCAUAUAUAUAUAUAUAUAUAUAUAUAUAUAUAUAUAUAUAUCUAUAUAUAUUUUUUAUUAUUAUUAUUUAAUUUUUUGGUGUGCACUGUGCAGGAGGGGGGCUGGCAGAGAGCUGUAACUUACCUUUCCUGCAGCUCCUGUCAGUUCCCUUCUCCUCCACUGUAAGUCUUGCGGCCGCGCGGAGCGUUCCCCGCGGCUCUCGUAAGAUUUACAGUGGAGCUGACCAGAACGGAGGAGAGAGAAGGGAGCUGACAGGAGCUGCAGGAAAGGUAAGUUACAGCUCUCUGCCAGCCCCCAGCAGGACCGCCGGGCUUGUAAUGAGCAUGGCGGUCUUGGUCUGUAUUAUGGCAAUGUAAAUUGCCAUAAUACAGACAUUAACUCAAGUAUAAAAAAUGUGCUGAAAAACUCGACUUAUACUCGAGUAUAUAAGGUAAUCAUUUUAAAAAUUUCAGCAUUGUGUAAGGCCCAUGCAUUCCCUGUCCCCACCCACCUACCCAAUAUUUUUCCUAAAGUUCUGUUAAGUGUGUGUGUGUGUGUUUUUUUUUUUUUUUCUUUCCCAAUGUUCGAGCACUGAAAAGAUUAAGAAAGGCACUACACACUGUUCUCACUGAUCAAACAAAGUUAAGUUAUAUAAAGUUAGGACUGAGCAAAUAUAAUCUGGAAGGAAACCCUUCUUGUCACAAAAUGUGAUAACUAGAAAGUUUGAUUUUGAUCUAUUUUAUUAGAUGACGUAUAUUUCUUUUAUGUUAUAAAUCCUUUAAACAUCCUUAACAAUGCUCUGACAGCUCACAAUUCUGUCCUGCAUGAUGAAAAACAGAUUUAUGUAUCAGAUGGGGUUUGUAGUGGAAGCAACAGGUGAAGAUGAUAACUGUGAGCUGCUGGCAAAAGACAAUAAAGAGGAGAAAGAUAGAGGUAUCAGUCACACACCCGAAGAUGAUGAAGAGGUUGGUAGUGAAUGUGUGACGGCUGUCUCAGAACUAACAGGGUUAUACACAUUGACACAUAUACACAGAUCUACACACAUCUACACACAUAGAAAUGCAUCAAGAUAUACAAACACGUCUACACGUGCCCACACAAUCCAAACAAUCUAUGUGUGUGUGUGUUUGUAUAGACACAACAAUUUUUAUCUUAGUCAAACAGUCAGCUUUUGUUUCCGGAAGGGGGUGAGAUUGGGGACACUUGAGAAUUCUGUGCCAAAAAGUGCUCAUUACUAACCCUGGCCAGAAUUUGGCCUUGGAUUUGUAUGUAUCCAACUAGUGGCUCGAGCCCCUGUCAGCUGCCCCAUAGCAAAGCAUAGCUGUGUGAUGAGAGGAUACAAGUCAAAUGCCAAGAAGUUAUGUGACAAUCUGUAAUAUGACACCACCUAGUGUACACAUGCAGAAAUGCCAUGGUUGUGAAGUACAAGGCACAAAUUAGAGAAAUUAAUUUGAAGAGAUUUGCAACAGAAAUUAAAAAUGUUAAUUUUUACCGUCAUCCCUUCAUUCUAAUCAAACGUAUCUGAACAUGUGUGUUUGUCAGAUGUGGCUUAAUAUGACAUAUCCAAGUCCAAUGAACCCUUCUUUGUAGGAUUGAGAGUAAUCAUAUUUGAAUCUUACCAAACCUACUGCAUCCUUGUACAGUGUAACCAAUAACUGUACAACCACCUUGUCUUUUAAUUGCUAGAUGACUUGGGAAUUAUUUUUUUUUCUCUUUCUCCAAAUUUUAAGUGAAAUUAUUUUCCCUUUUUAUUUCUAGAGGGAUGUGUGUACACCCAUAUGACAUUUAAAGGACGACUCUGUGCAGCAGCACACUUUUUAAAUGAAACCCGUAGCUUACUGGGUGUUAUUACUAGGUGCUUGCGUAUUGUCUUGGUAGCAGGGUAUCUGCUGAUUUGAUUUUAUUCUGAUAAGGAGUGUUACUAAAGUGUUUUAUGUAAAUCAAUAGACUCACACAAUUUUCCAAAGGAAUUUUUGUAUCCUGCUGAAGCCCAAAUUCAUUUAAUGCUCUCGAAUGAAAGGCUGCCUUAAAAAGGGAUUGGGUUUCCAUUACUUUGGAUUAUGGUCGCUGCUACCACCUCUCUCUCUUAAGUUUACCAGACCGAUACAUAGGUCCUCUUUUAUCCCAUAGGUCUAAUUUUAGCUUAAUAUGCACUGUCUGCAGAUGCUAAACUUCCUUACUUUAGAUAGGGGUAUUUUAAAUUGCUCUCUUGAAAAGUUAACAAAUGUUGCCCGUUUAAAGUUUAAGUUGUUUCAAUUCAUUUUUUAGAAUUCUAACUGGACUCCAUUAAAAAUAGUUCCAAAUCGAAGCCAUAGCAACAGAGCAUCAUUUGAUCGUUGUGUGAGCCUGAGCAUUGAGCCAGUGCAACAGGUAAGAUGGAGAACAGAUGUACAGUAAUUGUGUAAGAAUGUCGUUUAUAGCAUAGUGAGUUUUAUGGCUCCGUCUGUCUUUGUUUUCUGUGGGACUGGCAUGUAUAUCAUCUAUCAAAUCUACCUAUUAUAGCUAGCUAUCUCUGCCAGCUUGCCAGUCACAUGCUUAAUGCACACUUAUGCACUAUAGAGAACUAUGCUUACAGUGACAAAAGCUGCAGUAUAGAUACAUUGCUAGGUGGCAAAAUUACCAGCAGCUUCAGCCCAAGGGUAAAUUUUAUGGACCAUUCUCUUUCACUCUCAACAUAUGAGCAAAAAAAUCCUACUAUUUGUAAUAUUAAAAAAAAAAUGGGAUUUUUUUUCUUCAAAUCUUCACUGGAGCCCCUCCGGAAACCAGCCCUAUACUAAGUCCAACUCUAAAUCUUAACGUGCUCUGUAAGUCAAAUUGUGACACCAACUGUUUGAUUGAAUUCCGAGGAUUAAAUAAACCUAUAUUUAUAAACUCCACAUCUACUGUAUUAAUCUGUCACCACACUAUAUUAAAACACUAGACCUUCAGAAGUUAUCACCGUAUAAUUAAUGCCAAAACUAGUUCUGUCCAAAUAAUAUAAUUGGAGGUAGUGUAGUAUAAGCGCCUGUUCUGCCUGUUACCCCUCUGUACUUGCUCUAAGGAGUCUGCUGUUUACCAACAAGAGUAGAGGCUGCUGGACUCUAGGAACAAUAUACAGUAUUCAGUUUAAUGAGCCUGAUCUAUUCAUGGCCUCACCCCCUCAUACUGAACACAGUGAUCUGUGCAUGGCCCCGCCCCCUCAUACUGAACACAGUGAUCUGUGCAUGGCCCCGCCCCCUCAUACUGAACACAGUGAUCUGUGCAUGGCCCCACCCCCUCAGACUGAACACAGUGAUCUGUGCAUGGCCCCGCCCCCUCAGACUGAACACAGUGAUCUGUGCAUGGCCCUGCCCCCUCAGACUGAACACAGUGAUCUGUGCAUGGCCCCGCCCCCUCAGACUGAACACAGUGAUCUGUGCAUGGCCCCACCCCCUCAGACUGAACACAGUGAUCUGUGCAUGGCCCCGCCUCCUCAGACUGAACACAGUGAUCUGUGCAUGGCCCCGCCCCCUCAGACUGAACACAGUGAUCUGUGCAUGGCCCCGCCUACUCAGACUGAACACAGUGAUCUGUGCAUGGCCCCGCCCCCUCAGACUGAACACAGUGAUCUGUGCAUGGCCCCGCCCCCUCAGACUGAACACAGUGAUCUGUGCAUGGCCCCGCCUCCUCAGACUGAACACAGUGAUCUGUGCAUGGCCCCGCCCCCUCAGACUGAACACAGUGAUCUGUGCAUGGCCCCGCCUCCUCAGACUGAACACAGUGAUCUGUGCAUGGCCUCACCCCCUCAUACUGAACACAGUGAUCUGUGCAUGGCCCUUCCUCCUCAGACUGAACACAGUGAUCUGUACAUGGCCCCGCCCCUUCAGACUGAACACAGUGAUCUGUACAUGGCCCCGCCCCUUCAGAGUGAACACAGUGAUCUGUGCAUGGCCCCACCCCCUCAGACUGAACACAGUGAUCUGUGCAUGGCCCCGCCUCCUCGGACUGAACACAGUGAUCUGUGCAUGGCCCCACCCCCUCAGACUGAACCAUGAUCUGUGCAUGGCCCGCCUCCUCAGACUGAACAGAGUGAUCUGUGCAUGGCCCCACCCCUUCAGACUGAACACCGUGAUCUGUGCAUGGCCCCACCCCCUUAGACUGGACACAGCGAUCUGCAGGAAGAAGAGGGGGGGGGAGAUUGUGGCCAGCUCAUUAAUGACAAGUUCACAAGCUCCCCCACACUGCUAGAAAAUUUAUUUUUCUCCAGUGUAUAUACACACACACCCUGUUACCCACACUGUGCACACAUUACUACACACACUGCUACACUUAAUCUUCUACACAUAUUGUUACUUGCACACAAUGCUGCCCACUCUGUAUACAUUCACACUAGUACACACACAUAUACUGUUACACACAUUACUAUAAUUUUCUGCUACACAUUGACACAGAUAUACAUGCACUCAGACAUACACACACGUCUACAUGUGCCACACAAUCCAAACUAUCUGUGUGUGUGUGUGUGUGUGUGUGUGUGUGUAUAGACCCAACAAUUUUUAUCUUAGUCAAACAGUCGACUUUUGUUUCCAGAAGCGGCUGGAAGGAGGUGAGAUUGGGGGACACUUGAGAAUUCUGUGCCAAAAAAGUGCUCAUUACUAACCCUGGCCAGAAUUUGGCCUUGGAUUUGUAUGUAUCCAACUAGUGGCUCGAGCCCCUGUCAGCUGCCCCAUAGCAAAGCAUAGCUGUGUGAUGAGAGGAUACAAGUCAAAUGCCAAGAAGUUAUGUGACAAUCUGUAAUAUGACACCACCUAGUGUACACAUGCAGAAAUGCCAUGGUUGUGAAGUACAAGACACAAAUUAGAGAAAUUAAUUUGAAGAGAUUUGCAGCAGAAAUUAAAAAUGUUUACGUUUAUUCACUAAUCACUAAAUCGUGGUGAAUUGAAAGCUUGUGGUUGAUUUCUCCAGAACCCUAAGCGGGUAUUAUUUUCCCAUAAACACAAACCAUUGUUAUGCAUCUUUUAAUAUAACUUGAGUUAGUGCUAGUAAAAGUACUAAAGGAAUGUAGGGGUUAAUGUUUAAUUGUAGUGCACAGGUUAAUGUUUAGAAUAGGGUUUAAGGUGAGAACGUUAUUGUAAGAGUAACACAUACAUGUCCCACACUGCCCAUGAUUAGUGGGCGUAACCAUGCCUUGCAGCACUCCCACUAUUCCUGGACAAGCCAGCGCAUGUAUAUCCUGGUCAGUGCCUGAGAUUAUGGCCCCGCACAGCACAGAUGUGAUUCCUGUUCAUUGUGGGAAGUAAUUCCAUGAAUGAUAUUACCAUCCAUACUGUAUAGCAUUUAAAAAUAUCUGUCCCUUUAACCCCUUAAGGACACGACAUGUGUGACAUGUCAUGAUUCCCUUUUAUUCUAGAAGUUUGGUCCUUAAGGGGUUAAAGAAUGGACAUCCCAUGUAAUGUGCACUUUUUUUUACGCACAGUCUUUGCUAUUUAUGCAAUGUAUUGAUUAUCUCUCGGAUAUAAAUAGUGAUAUAUGCGAAUUGAACUAAUGCACUGUGCAUGAUCCAAUCAUCGAUUUUCCUUUAUAUCAGGAAGUAUCUGCUAGAGAGUGGGUGCUGUUAAUAGUAAGGGGUAAGAUAUACCCCAAGCGCUACAGAAUCUGUUGGCGCUAUAUAAAUGGCAAUAAUAAUAAUAAAAUACCCCGGGGGAUAUCAUAAGACACACCAGCACAUAUACCUCUUCCAGGCUUGACAAUCUAUAUAGUAAUAAAAACUUUAAAGUAGGAUUAUUUCUUUGCCAUUGUGUUUUCUAAUUAGGGUAAAUUUUACUCUCUGCCAGUCCUUCCAACAUAGCUCACUUUUAAUAAGCUGUUGAAGUGAUGACCAUUCUGGUGAAAAAUCCCAAUUUUGUGGGGGGGUGGGGGGAGGGGGGAAGGUGGGGGAAAUCUGUUAAAUCUCAGGGCUGUUGCUUUUUUUAACAUUUAUAUUACUAGAAUUUCAUUUUAACUUCUAGUGCAGCUUAUUAGCAGACCUUUCUGACUUCCAUAGGAAAAGUUUUACUAUUAAAGAAAGUAUGUGUAUACUACACAAAAAGAUUGCCCAAAGUGUUUGUUAAAUAAAACAAAAAAUGGUUUAAUGUGCAUUGUAAUGGGCAGACAGCAAUAUGUCAUAAGCCUGUGACAAAUUAUUAGAAAAGGUAAGAAGAACCUUGCUUAUCCUGUGAAUAUAUAUAUCUUUAUCUAGAUAAAAAAAGCUAAACCUGGAAUCAUUUAUGGUUAUGAAUCCCUUCCUGGCAGUUGUAUUAUAAAAUUUAUAUAGUUUGUGAUAAGCCCUAGUUGCUCCUCCUUAAAUUGUCUUAUUGUUAUAGCCUUCUCUAAUGUUCAGGUAGGGGUUGGUGCAGUGAGGUUACCUGGAGAUGGACAGACCAGUGCUGUGAGCCUUUUCAAACAGGAGACACUCUAUUACCCAGACAUACCUGUGUUUACUCCAGCUCAUGCCACCCAUACCAAGUGGUCUUCUCCCAGUUCCUCUGAUGAGUCCUCUAUUAACACUGAACUUGAGGUACGUGCUUUUUUCUCCCAAUAUACAUUAAAGCAUCAGCUCUUUCUAGUCGCCUCUUACAUCAAAGAGUUUGUAAUUACAUUUUAGUGAUGGACAGGAAGGAUCUUAAUGGAUUUAAGUAUACAGGCGUCUUGGAGGCAAAACUAUAGAUUUUUAAAAACUGCUUGUUUUGUUUGCUUUGAGCCACCACAACUCAGAAAAAGAAUGUGCUAUUCUGUUCAUAAGGGUAGGCUGUUUGCUUAUAAUAUUCCUGUUCUAGAUGCAAUCAGUUUUGCACUUGGGUAUCCAUGACAUCACAAAUGUCAAACUGCAGGUUAUCAUAUGAGCUGAUGAUAUUGCCUUUAACACUUUCCUUGCCAUGUUGAGCACAUUCCAUGGCAGUAAAAGAGUUAUAAUGCUUAUUGCACUGGGUGCUGCUGCAGAAGAAAAACAAAACCGGUCCACAUGUAGCAGCUAUUGCUUUAUGUGCAAUUACACCCAGAACUUCUGUCUUCUAACUGUUCUUAGAACACAACUCCCAGAAUGCUGUCAGUGCAAAUAUACACUAUAUGGACUAAAGCAUUGAGACACACCUCUUAAUUAGUGAAUAAAAAGUUACAUGGUUACAUAGCUGAAAAGAGACUUGCGUCCAUAAAGUUCAGCCUUCCUCACAUUUGUUUUUUGCCGUUGAUCCAAAAGAAGGCAAAAAAACACAGUUUGAAGCACAAUUUUGCAACAAGCUAGGAAAAAAAUUCCUUCUUGACCCCAGAAUGGCAGUCAGAUUUAUCCUUGGAUCAAGCAGUUAUUACCCUACAUUGAAAGAUUAUAUCCUUGAAUAUUCUGUUUUUGCAAGUAUGCAUCUAGUAGCUGUUUGAACAUCUGUAUGGACUCUGAUAAAAGCACUUCUUCAGGCAGAGAAUUCCACAUCCUGAUUGUUCUUACAGUAAAAAAACCUUUCCUUUGCCUUAGGCGAAAUCUUCUUUCUUCCAGUCUAAACGCAUGGCCUCGUGUCCUAUGUAAAGUCCGGUUUGUGAAUAGAUUUCCACACAAUGGUUUGUAUUGGCCCCGAAUAUAUUUGUUUAAUGUUAUCAUAUCCCCUCUCAGGCGAUGUUUUUCUAAACUAAAUAGGUUUAAAUUUGUUAACCUUUCUUCAUAGCUGAUAUGUUCCAUUCCUUUUAUUAAUUUUGUAGCCCGCCUCUGCACUUUUUCUAGUGCCAUAAUAUCCUUCUUUAGAACAGGUGCCCAAAAUUGCACAGCAUAUUCAAUAUGUGGUUUUACCAGUGAUUUAUAAAGAGGCAAAAUGAUAUUCUCGUCCCGAGAAUUAAUGCCCUUUUUCAUGCAUGACAAUACCUUACUGGCCUUGGCCACUGCUGAUUGACACUGCACAUUGUUGCAUAGUUUGUUGUCUAUAACAAUUCCCAAGUCCUUUUCGUGUGUUGUUAUCCCUAAUUCGCUUCCAUUAAGGGUAUACGUUGCUUGUGUAUUCUUUACGCCGAAGUGCAUAACUUUGCAUUUUUCAACAUUAAAUUUCAUCUGCCAUUUGAGUGCCCAGUCCCCCAGUCUAUCUAAAUCCCUCUGCAGUAAAGUAAUAUCUUGCUCACAUUGUAUUAUUUUACAAAGUUUUGUGUCAUCUGCAAACACUGAAACAUGACUUUCAAUGCUGUCUUCAAGAUCAUUUAUAAACAUGUUAAAUAGAAGGGGUCCCAGAACAGACCCCUGAGGGACACCACUUGCCACCUCUGUCCAGCUUGAAAAUUUACCAUUAAUGACAACUCUUUGUACUCUGUUUUUAAGCCAAUGUUCUACCCAAGAACAAGCAUUUUCAUCUAGACCAAUUUCCUUGAGUUUGAACACUAAUCUGUCAGUUUGUGAAUUUUAUCCCUGCUAGAGAUUCCACUGACAACUGUAAGUGGUAUUAUUGGAAAUUGUAAGUGUUUAGGAACAGCAGAAACUCGGCCACAAAGCAGAAGACCAUAUAAGGUCGCAGAGUAUGGUGCGUAAAAGUAGCCAAUGUUUUGCUGAUUCCAUAGCUGAGGAGUUCCAAACUUCCACUGCCAUUAAUAUCAGCACAAAAACUCUGCGGCGGGAGCUUUAUGGAAUAGGUUUCCAUCGCCUAGCAGCUGCAUGCAAACCUCACAUCACCAAGUACAGUGCAAAGCAGUGGAGAAGUGGAAACGUGUUCUGUGGAGGGACAAAUCACACGUCUAUGUUUGGCAGUCUGAUUGGCGAGUCUGGGUUUGGCAGAUGCCAGGAGAAUAUUAGCUUCCUGACAGCAUUGUGUUAAUUGUAAGUUUGGUGGAGGAGGGAUAAUGUUUUUUUUCAGGGGUUUGGCUAGGCUCCUUACUUACAGUGAAAGGCAUUUUGGGCAGUGCUAUGCCUUCAACUUUGUGGAACAUGACUGUGCCUCAGUGUGCAAAGCAAUGUCCAUACAGACAUGGUUGAAGGAGUUUGGUGUGGAAUAACUUGGUUAGCUCGUACAGAGCCCUGACCCCAUCAAACACCUUUGGGAUGAACUGGAACAGACAUUGCUAGCCUGGCUUUCUCUAACAUCCAGCAUCAGUGCCUGACAUCACAAAUGCUCUACUGGAUGAAAGGGCAAAAUUCCCACAGAAACACUCCAAAAUCUUGUGGAAAGUCUUCCCAGAAGAGUGGAAGCUUUGUAGCUGUAAACGGUGUGGAACAAACUAAAUACAGAGACAUUAAUAUGCAAUGUCUUAAAAAAAUCCCUGUUGGUGUAAUGGUCAGGUGUCCCAAUAAUUUUGCCCAUUUAGUGUAUGUCUGACGGAAUGUAGUUGGACACAGAGCACGUUAAUGAAUGUUGACCAGACAUGAACAACACAAUACGAAAAACACAAAAUAAGGAAAGAAUAAACAAAUCUUUAAUAGGAAUCUUCCAGUUUCCACUCUAUACAUGCAAUGAGCUGUCAGUCUGCUGGAGUAAGGAGAAACUCCCAAAUAAAAAAAACCCUGAACAAGAUACAAACAUUAUUCCAUAAUCAAACUGAUACAUAAACAGACUGAUGUACAUACAGCUUGACAUGUUUAAAGGACCACUAUAGGCACACAGACCACUUCAGCUUAAUGAAGUGGUCUGGGUGCCAGGUCCAUCUAGGUUUAACCCUUUCUGCUGUAAACAUAGCAGUUUCAGAGAAACUGCUAUGUUUACACUACGGUUAAUCCAGCCUCUAGUGGCUGUCUCAUUGACAGCCGCUAGAGGCGCUUCCACGCUUCUCACUGUGAUUUUCACAGUGAGAAGACGCUAGCGUCCAUAGGAAAGCAUUGUGAAUGCUUUCCUAUGGAUUGGCUGAGUGCGCGCGCGGCUCUAGGCAACAUAAGUGAGUAUUGCUUUGAAGUUCUAAACAUAUUAAAGUUUGUGUUUACCUGUCCUAUAGUAGCAGUUCAAUAGGGGUGUCUUAACUACUAGUGGACAGGUAGACCUCAGCAUAAAUAACAUUAAAAAUCAACAUGUCCCACGCCCUAGUACUUUAAAUUGCAAUAACUUCCUUGUCCUGCAAGCAGAACAGAGGGUAGUUCUCUUUCAGGAUAAAUGAUGGGGGACGUCCUUUUAUGUUUUCAGAUGCACACUGCACAUUAUGGGCAUACUGGCGGUACCAGGAAGCAGUAUCUGUUUAAAGUUUUUCUUCUUUUCCUCGGUUCUGAGGGACUGACAGUUCAUUAUUUAUAUGAAUGUUAUUUUUUUAUUACAUAUUUUGUUGAGAUGUAUUUCUCCCCCUGCUUCCCUCAUCCCUCGUGCCCUCCACCCUGCAGUUUCUAUGGAAAUGCAGUGUAUUACAUUGCAGCACUAAGUGCAAAAGGGACACUACACCCAGACCACUUCAAUUAGCUGAAGUGGUCUGGGUGCCCACGGUGUCCCUUUAAGCAUGUUCAAAUCAGGUAAUUUUGGUAUAGUGGACCUUUGUCAAUUUUUUUCGAUUUUAAAUUUCGAAUUUAAACACAAUGAAAUCUUUAGUCUGGCACGAGACAGAAUCCAUGCUGCAACUAGAACUGCCUACUUUGAAGUCGUCAAGCCUGAUCAUUUUUAACCAAUUAGUAUUUCUCAUAGAGAAAAAUUGCAUGCUACACUGCUUAUGUGACCGUUCAGAAUUGCAGCUUAACUCACCAUUCAUUUAGAACAUGCAGAUAUGACACCUGCAAUGUCCUAAAACAGCACACACACAUAAUCACAGGCCUAUACACACACAUCCCCCCCUUCCCUUAUCACCUCUCAUUUGUUUCUGCCUAAUAGCAGGGUAUCCUUUUCAAGUGGAACACUCAUCUGCUCCCUAUGGCUGAUUCCCUUAUACCUAGAAUGUAUACAAGUGUUCCUAUUUAGGACCCUUUAAUUGGUAAUGGUAGCUCUAUGCCUUAAGGAUAAAUAAAGGUUUUACAUAUUUUUUGGCUUUUAGGCUACUAAUCUAAUUUAAGUUGUACUUAUUCCUAGACAUCCAAUUCCAUUUGGAGUGAAUAUCUUGGACAUUGUUCAUUUUCUAUUUCUAGUAAUUAGGAUUAUACCCUGCUUAACUAGUACAACUAGAUGACCUCUUUUUUGACUAGGAGAUAUGGGCAUAGGUCUCCCCUAGCUUAUGUUUUUAGCUAGCAGAAGAUUUUCUGACCUAUCCCAUGGGUAAUAUCUUUAUUUAGUUAACUAAAUACACACAUGAAAUCACAGACCUAUAUACACACGUGUAAUCACAGACCUAUAAACACACACACGUAGUCACAGACCUAUACACACACGUAAUCACAGACCUAUAUACACACAUGUAAACACAGACCUAUACACUAAUGUAAUCACAGACCUCGCUGGUUAACUGUAGUAAACCAAGCAGACUUUCAGAGACUUUUGGAUUAUGGACAUUUUCUAGGUCUUCAGGGGGAAACCAGGGGCCCCGCAGGGAAGGAGGUACAGGCACAGAGGAGAUCUGAUUAAGGGUUUUGCAGCUCCCUCGUUCGUGUUUACUUGCACUCUUUCUCUAGCAGUCCAGACUGCGUUGAUAAUAUCAUUCUGCUUGACUGAGCGAGUCAGGUGAACGUAACUGGGGAGAUUCAGGAGUUUAGUUAAUGACUUAUAACUAUCACUUCUUCCUGGGAAACACAGCAAGUGCCUCUAGUGGCUGUCAAUGAGACUUGCAGUUUAUUGAUAAGCCUUCUAUGUGCAACAGUGUCAAAAGCCUUACUGAAAUCUAGGUAAGCAAUGUCUGCUGCACCACCCUGAUCUAUUAUUUUAGUUACCCAAUCAAAAAAAUCAAUAAGAUUAGUUUGGCAUGAUCUCCAUGAAGUAAACUCAUGUUGUCUCAUAUCUUGAAAUCCAUGUGUUUUUAGAUGUUCAACAAUCCUAUCCUUUAACAUGGUUUCCAUUACUUUCCCCACUACUGAAGUUGCCCGACUCCUCUCUACUACCUAUCUUGUGAAUGGGCACAACAUUUGCUAACUUCCAAUCUUCUGGGACUACUCCUGUUAACAAUGAUUGGUUAAAUAAAUCUGUUAAUGGUUUUGCUAGUGCACCACUAAGCUCUUUUAAUAACUUUGGGUGUAUUCCAUCAGGUCCCAUUGACUUAUUUGUCUUUACUUUUGACAGUUGAAAUACAUCUUCCUUUGUAAACUCACAUGUAACAAUUGACUCAUUUGUCCUUUUUGCUAAUUGAGGCCCAUUUCCUUAAUUUUCAUCUCUAAAUACUGAACAAAAAUAUUCAUUGGGUCAGUCAGCUAGACCUUUAUCCUUUUCUACAUGCCUUCCUUCUUUUGUUUUUAAUCUAACUAAUCCUUGUUUUACUUUCCUUUUCUCAUUUAUGUAUCUAAAAAAUGUUUUGUCCCUUUUUAUUACUGACUGUGCUAUUUUCUCUUCUAUGUGUGAUGUCUUUGGAAGCUCUUAUAACUUGUUUAGCCUUUUUCUGACUAAUCUUAUAAAUCUGUCUAUCUUCCUCACUCUGGGUUGUUUUGUUUUUUUUAGAAUUACUAAAUGCUAACUUUUAGUUUUUUACUAUUUUGACCACAUCUGCGGAGUACCACUGUGGUUUCUUACAUUUUUUGCUUUUACUGACAAGCCUAAUGCAAUUUUCUGUUGCCUUCAGCAGUGCAACUUUUAAAUAAUACCUUUUCUCUUGGACUCCAUUUAAAUUGCUCCACUCUGAUAAUGACUCCUUUACACAUUUUUAAGUCUAAAACUUUUGUUUUUGUGUGGUGUGACUCAGUCACUGUUCUUAUAUUAAACCACACUGACUGGAUCCUAAACUUUCACCUACAGUAAUAUCUGAUACCAAAUCUCCAUUUGUUAACACUAAAUCUAGUAUGGCCUCUUUACGAGUUGGCUCCUCAAUGACUUGUUUUAGAGACAAUCCCAGUAGGGAGUUUAGAAUAUGUGUGCUCCUGGCACAAGCAGCUAUUUUGAUUUUCCAAUUCACAUCAGGAAGAUUAAAGUCAUCAUGAUGAUAACUUCCCCCUUCAUUGUCAUUUUAGACAUUUCCUUAACUAGUAGAUUAUCUAACUCUUCUAUUUGUCCUGGGGGCCUAUAUAUCACACCUACACGAGUUACUGUGUGAUUACCAAAUUCUAAUGUAACCCAAACAGACUGUAUGUUCGCCUCACUAACUUUUAUUAGGCUAGGUUUUAUGCUAUCCUUCACAUACAGGGCCACCCCUCCCCUUUCUUGCCUUCCCUGUCUUUUCUAUAUAAAGAGUACCCUGGUAUUGCUAUGUCCUAGUCAUUUUACUCAUUAUACCAUGUCUCAGUAACAGCGACUAAAUCUACAUUAUCAGUUGCCAUUAUUGCCACAAGUUCAUGGAUCUUAUUCCCUAAACUGCGAGCAUUUGUAGACAUGACUCUAAGCUUAUCAUUUUUUAACACACUUGCUACAGGCACCUUCUGUCCUGGUUUUGGGGGGCAAUUGGAUUGAGGUUUUAUCACCCUUUUGCUCCCCCCUCCUAGUUUAAAUACAUCCUAGCAAAACCUCUUAACUGCUCACUGAGAACAUGAAACCAUCUUUUUUGUACAGUUUAUUUCAAUUCCAAACAUGGCUACCAUGAGAAAUAAAGCCAAAUCCUUGAUUCUGACACCAUUCACCAAGCCCCAAGUUAAAGUCCCUAAAAAAGCAUCCGCCUGUCAUUCUGAGUGUUAUGCACAGGCAGAACUUUAGAGUAUGACAGUGUGGAAGCAAGCUGCCGUAUAUAAUUGGCAAAAACACUAAAAACGUCCUUUUCCUCUGAAACCUCAUUGCAAGCCAAGUCAUUUGUCCCUAGAUGGACAAGUACAUCCAAUUCCCCUUCCUCGCUUAACAAUAUUACAAAUACGCCGCCUGCCUCUGUGAGCACUAGCUCCGGGAAGAUAUCUCACAAGACCACCAUUGUCCAUCUCCACACCUCUUAUGAUAGAAUCCCCCAACAACAACUGCUCUGUAUUAGGCCUCACCAUAGUCUCCAAGCCUGUCUCCAUAAUACCACUACAUAAUUACUGGCUUACACACACAAAAAUCACAUUCAUACACAUACAUUUAGUAAUUAAGAGGCAUACCCAGCUUCCUUACAAUGCUCCGGGAGACAUGGAGUCAUAGGCGUGUGCGCCGGGUGUGCCUAGGCACACCCUAAUCCCCGCGGCACGAGCUAUGUGCCUCCCUCCAUGGGCUGGUGAGGAAGAUCAAAGCUCUUGCCAGCAGCUCCGCCAGGUUCCUCUCACGCGGUCGGAGCAUUGCUGCGGUUACCGCGGCAACGCUCAGAUCUCGCGAGAGUGAACCACCAGGGAAGGCAGGAGCACGGUCCCUCCUCCCUACAUAAGGUAAGAAGGGAGGGGGGAUAUUAACUAAAUGGCCCCCACACAUUACACACAAACAUACAGUACACACACACUAACAGCACCCUCCCACUAACAACACCCUCACACAUACACACACUAACAGCACCCUUGCGCACACACACACAGCACACACUAACAGCACCCUUACACACACAACACCCUCAUCCACACACACACUGACAGCACCCUUACACAUACACAGCGCCUUCACACAAACAGCAAUGUGUGGGUGUGUGUGUGUGUAUGUAUGUAUAUAUAUAUAUAUACAUACACACACACACACACACACACACACACACACACACACCCACACACUGCUGUUUGUGUGAAGGUGCUGUCAGUGUGUGUGUGGAUGAGGGUGGUGUGUGUGUGUGUAUGUAUGUGUGUGUAUAUAUAUCUAUAUAUAUCUAUAUAGAUAUAGAUAUAUAUAUAUAUAUAUAUAUAUAUAUAUCUCUACACACACACGCGCGCACGUGGGUGUGUGUGUUUCUGCUUUAGGGUGCACACCCUUAUACAAUAGGCUGCGCACGCCCAUGCAUGGAGUUGAUCUUCUAUCUGGUGACCAGUGGUUGCUGCUGUGAUGAGAUCACUGUGCUUUUCCUGCACAGGUCCCUUGCACGCCCAGUAGGGAUGCUGAUGAAAUCCUAUCCAGUGGCGUACCUACCAUGGUUGCAGGGGUCGAACUGCGACCGUGCCGUCACUCCAGGGGGCCCAACCGCAGCUGUGACCCCUGCAACCGUAGGCAGCCUGCAAACCUGCAGGGUAGUGCACUGUUACGGGUUACAGGCAGGAGGGGAAAGCUGUGCUGUUCCAAUCUGCCACUGUGUGUAGCGCGGCCAAGCAGUCUGACAGGAAGUGCUCAUAAAAACGCAUGGGGAGGUGGACCCAGGACAAUUUUUGCACCAGUGAUUUCUAGUUACGCCUCGGGUCAUAUCCCAGCUGCCAGCUCACUGCAGUGUACACAAGGGAGUUGUGCAGAAAGAGCACGGUAAGUAAUGGGCUCCCAUACCGCCCGGCAGCCUAGACGGCAACUGAGAUGCACACAAAAGGUUUAGGGCCGUGGGUUGGACAUGCCUGAUUUAAACCGAAGCACAAGAGAAAGAGAAUGUCGUACGAAAUGCCUCAGAUAAUCGCUUUUUCCUUGUCUUCCAUUAUGAUCAGUAUUUAUAAUGGAUGGAAUCUUUAUUCAUUUGUAGGGGGAGACUUACACAAAUUGUAUUAAUAUAAAAGUGUGCAAGUUCCAAUAGUGGAUGGUUUAAUCAAUAAUGUUCUAUAGGUUUCCAUGGUGAUUGGUUCACUUUUAGAUUACUGCACUACUUAUCUAAAAGUAAAACUUUUAUGAAUCCAUAUCUUUUAUCUAAACAAAUACAUUAGGCUCUCAUGGCAGAACAUUCAGGCAGAACAAAUAUAAUAAUAAGUAGUUCUAGAAAUGACUUCCAUUUCAUGCCAGUAUGACAAUUACAUAAGCAGACAGCUGUUUUCAUUUCAUUGUACAUGAUAAAAAAUCUGCAUUUGUAAUACUCUCAUAAGCCACUAGAGGGAACUAUUGGUUAAUAUACCAUCCAUCUACAUAUGUUUCUCAUAAUCUAUACACCAAAAAACACUUGAGCUAAAUUUGGUUUGGUGCUUAGAGUGUCCCUUUAAAAUACAUUCUAGUAAUGUGACUUUGACAAUUCUGUGUCCCGUAUGGAUUUUUCCCUUUUAUUGCCCACUAGAGACUAGUAGAUGAAUGAGGAAAUGGAGCAGCUGCUUCCAUGGUAAUGACAACUAUAGUUAAAUAUGUCAUUGUUUUAAAUAAAUGUUUAUUGAUUAUGGGUUAUUUCAGAAAUUCUUGUUUUUUAUUUUUUAUUAUACGUCAACUACCACUACAAUUAAAUUGAUAAAAUUACUGCAAGAUAUAAUGUAUGGGAUCGGACGCACUGUUAGGCAUCAUGUAUACUGAUACAAAUACUGAAAAUUUGCACUUGGCAUUGCAUACCGAGAGUAACAGAAAUAUCAUGAUGCAUGCUUACGUGUGAUGUGUAGAUAAAGCUACUUGUUAGAGCAGUACUCGGUUCUCGGACUGAAAAUUACACUACAAUACUUAUUUUACACUCUGUGUUGUUCUUAUUAGACAAUCAUAGCUUGAAAACUGAUCAGUGACUGACAAUCCAAUUCCCUACAAAAUUGUCCUAUUUUUCACAAUACAGAGACUACCUUCCAAAGCAGGGUUGGCCAAUGGUAGAUGCCAUUUGUUGGAGAAUUACACCUACUAUGAUUCUUUGCUAAACCUAAAUCUUUAAAGCAUCAUGGAAGCUGUAGUAUGGGGAACUGUUUUUGGUCACCCUUAAGGGAACACUAUAGCGUUAGGAAUAUACAUAUAUAUUACGAACACUUUAGUGCCUCUGCUGCAAUGGUUAAUAAAAGGUAGUUUUACUUUUCCUCCCUCACUGCACCUGUGUCCUAUGUGAAACUCUGCCUUUUUGGCUGAGAUAAUCGAGAUAUAUGAUCUCAGCCAAUCCAAGACUAGUACAAUGCGAGACAAAACGCCAUGCUGCUUAAAUCAGUUGGUCUCUGUGGGACCAUCUAAUAGAAAUUGUGUAUUGCAGGAUACCUCAACAUCAAGGCAUCAUUGGCUGGAAGCAAUCAUGAUCGCUUCCAGCUCUCAAAUGUGCCACGGACGUACAGGGUCAGUCAGCGGUCGUUAACGACUGUUUUUUGUCUCACGUACCCUGUACGUCUGCGGUCACUAAGGGAUUAAUAUUAAUUAAUUAAUAUGGAAUAUUAUCUCAAUGCUGUAUUUUUUUGCAUACUAAAAUCUUUAGAGGUUUUGCAUACAAAGAUAACUGUGUUGCAGAAUUCUGCAACAAAAGCCUGCUUCUUUAGUCACUUGCUUCAUGUCAGAAAGACUUCCUAUCAAAUGAAUGCACACAGUCUCAGCCCCAAAAGCAGUGUGUGAGCUGCUUUUAAUUCACAACCUGUUUGCAGUCAGAUAAACUAUAAACAUAUAGUGAUAUCUUUAUUAUAUGUCAUCUCCUUCUAAUGCAGGUUGUUUUGUUCUUCAGAUCAUUCAGUAUUGUCCAUGACUGAGCUGUGUGCAUGUCUAAAGAUAAGGAAGUAUUUUUCUGGAGUGAGGGGGAGUGGCUAAAAAGGCAGGCUUAAGCUGCAGCAUUCUGCAAAACGUUUAUUUAUUUUAUGCAAAAAAUAUAACGAUUUGAGCAUGCAAAAAAUACAGCAUAUUCCUGAGGCCAAAACCUACUAAAUGAAUUGAAGUGGUAUUGGUGCCCAAAGGUGGGGCUGGACAUUGUGAAUUCUUGUGUUUUUUCUUUUCUUUUGAUGAAUGGAAUAGGAAGGGAGGUUGAUCAUGAUCAUUCCCAUUCUGUGGCGGAACUACUGCGGUCGCAGGGGUUGCAGCUGCGACCGGGCCCGUCAUUCCAGGGGCCCCUGUGACCGAGGUGCCCGCUAGCAUUUUGGUGCGACCCCAACCACGCCGUAAAACCGCUGGGGCCGCAUUGAAGGAGCCCACCCGAUGGCAAUGGAUUUCCUGGGGCCCGGUCAGCGCGGCGGCGCUUUAAGAACGCAGUGAUGAUGUCAGAGCUGGGAGGAAGCUGUCACUUCCUCCCAGUAAACAGAGCGCCGGAGAUGAGGGAGUCAGAGUGGGAGCUCUGACUCCCAUUAGCAUGAAGCAGCCACUGGACCCCAGGUAAGUCACUACAUUUUUUUUUUAACAGUUUGUGUGUGUGAGAUAGAGAAUGUCUGUAUCAGUAUAUCUGUGUGUGUGUGUGUGUCUGGAUGUAUGUUUGUCUGUCUGUGUCUCUGUGUAUGUAUGUGUGUCUGUAUGUAUGUAUGGGUCUCUGUGUAUGUGUGUGUGUGUGUGUUUGUAUGUGUGUCUGCAUGUGUAUCUGUUUGUCUGCAUGUAUGGGGCAGGGCCGUAUGGGGUGGGGGGUGCAAAUAUGGCGGUGGCCCCAGGGCAAUUUUUGCACCAUGGCUUCUAGUUACGCCUCUGUUCCCGUUGCUAUUUUUAAGAGGCAACAGUUGUCCACUAGGACUCUGCAGUAACAUUAGUUUAUAUUCCUGUCCCACAGUCUAAGGGAGGACUGGAACAGUGAGUGUCAUUUAGUUAAAUCUCCAUAUUGUAUUAACCCCAUCCAAAUUUUCUACAUUCUUGUAUAAGAGUCAGAAAAACUCAGUAGGUCACAUCAGGUUAGUGGGUGCUUGGACAACUCUAAUGCAGUUAUUCUGCUUUAGCACAGUCCUGUUUUUAUCCACUGUUGGGCUUACACCCCUCUCCCCCAUGUAAUUUUAACAUUUUAAGAGGCACUCGAGGCACAAUAGCAUGCACAGCUUGUUGUUGUCGCUAUGGUUUGAGGAUGCAGCGUCUCCAUUUUUUUGUCAAAACAUUUUCCAAGUAGUUUGUAAAAAAAAAUUUAAAAAAUGGUUUCUUUGGGAUCCAAAGCACAAACCUGAUUAGUAGAACAUAAUUUUUUUAUCUUGUUUCAAAUUUUUGUUUUGUUGUUUUGUUGUGAAUUGUGUAAGCUUAAUAUAUGCUACAUAUACAAUACAAUAUAAAAUAUGGCGAUAGGGCAGGAUCUUUACAUGUGAUAUGCUCUAAUAUUGUCAGGACGUACCAGUGGGCCAACACGCAGAAUUAAGUAAAACACGUAACAAAUACAAACAGUAACAACGUAUCACCGGGCCUUAGAAUGGCCGGAAUUAACGUAAUAGAAUAAACGGUAACGAGACGAAGUCAGGAAUACAGAAAGGAACAAAUACGGAAAGAACAAAGCCAAAGGGUCAGGGAUACCAGAAAUACGGGAAGUCAAGCCAAGCCAAGAUCAAAAAACAAAUAACAAAAUCAGGAACGCACUCUCGGAUAACCAACAGGGUGGCAACCACAACAGGGCACUGAACAACUGCAGGUUUGGGUUUAAAUAACCCAGUUAAUCCUGCUAUUGGCUGAUUUGGUUCCCAUGACCCCAGAAGGUGCGUGCAUGGCGAAAACAUGACACCGCACGCACGUUCACGUCACUAGUGGCUACAGUAGUCACGUCCAGGAAGGGUCCGAUGGGUCAGAGUCCCGGACCUCCGUGCUGGACCCCCAACAGAUACAGGCUUUGUGUUAUCUCUUUUGGGCUUCAGGGGAGUGGUGGAGCUUUGCUCCCCUGGCUUCCAUUGGAUCCCUUGGACAUUCUGAAAGUCUUUGAUCACUCUGGCUAUAUUGGGGAGGGGGCCUAAAGCUGAUGUUAACCAACUGAGUGCCUGUGAGCUGAUCAGUACAAUGCUUUGAUCUACAUUAUGUGCUGUUCUGGCACACAAAUGUUUAACCUCCAAUCGGUUGAGUUCAAUUGGUUGAGUUGUGCGAGUUGGUAAUGCGUGGGUAUGCUACCCUCCUUAUGGCUUUCGAGGUUUAGAAGGCGCUGGUGGACUCUGACACUUGUCAGCCAUCAGGUACUUGUGGUCUGGAGGUGAGUUAAACCGCCUGUCCCCUCUCCACAGCUCUCUUGCAGCUUUUGCCCCUCUACACAACAGCUUCCGCCAAAAUUCACUGAAGUGAACCUCUAGUCGUUUCUCAAAGGUCUCCAGAGGGCUUGUUGCUCAUCUUGUCCUCGGUGUCGGAGCAGAGCAUGAGUUUCAGGGGUUGCGCUGUUCCUUGUUUCGCAUAGAAGUCAAGCUUGUAUGUUUGUGCCGUGAUAUACCCCACCGGCAAGGGGGGAAAACGGGUGUCCCGACCACCUCGUUUUUUUUCAGCUGGCCAGCUAGCAGGGAGAGCGGCCGCCUCUCCCACGCUCACAGCCGCUGGUAGGCUGCAAUGUGUUGUCGAGUAUAGCUCGCUAUGCAGAGCACGAAAACCUUACAGGUUGCGGCUCCAGGUAAUCCUGAUACAUUCCAGCACUAAAAAUCAACUUUUGGUCGGAAAAGGCAGCUUAAUUGUGGUUCUCACUUGGAGCUCACGCUUAGUGUAACGAGUCAGCUCAGUGGCUAGGCCCUGCUCCCCCCCGUGUAUUUUUAUAAUUUAUGUAAUAAAAAGAGUAUACUUUUAAUUACACUUGGAUCCUGACACACUUCCUGGAAAAUUGUUGCUGCACCAGUACAUCCACAGGCGGGGAUCAUACUGCCCAAGCGGUAUGACCCCCGCUGAUCAGAAGCUCAAAAAAAAGUGCGUUUCUAUAUUUUCUUCACUAAGCAUAAGUACCUACUACACUAUAUUGUGUCUCUUUUACAUGCUCUUUUACAUGCAGUGAGCACCAUCUGGUUCAGAAGACACUACUACUAAAUUGUUAAAAUUAUAUACAAUUAAUUUUUUUUUUUAUUUUUUUUCCCCCCAUGAAGUGUUCCUCCUAAAAGAGUAUGCAAUUACCCAAAUAAUGUGAUCAAAUGUAAAAGUGCUGAAAUAAUUGAGUUGAGAUGUCUUCAAAAUAUAACAUGUCUUCAAACAUUUAUUUGUUGACCAUGGUUUCAUAUUAUUUUCUGUUUGCUUUUCUGAUUCUGUGUUUGCUUUAUAAAACCAAAUAAAAACUGGAUAUUUCACUUGAACAUGUCUUAAAUCAAUAAUUGAUUAUAAUUAUGUGUCACUUCACAGAGAAUAAAAUAUUGACAGCUUUGGUGAACCAGAUUGAACCAACGUGCAUGCCACCAAAAAUCUCCACUUAAAGGAUCACUAUAGGGUCAGGAACACAAACAUGUAUCCCUGACCCUAUAGUGUUAAAACCACCAUCUAGCCCCCUGGGCCCCUCAUGCCUCCAUAAAUAUAGCAAAAUCUUACUGUAUUCAAGCCAGAAGCUGUAGAUCUGCAUGCUGUUUGCCUCAGAAAAACAUCAGUCUGCUGACAUCAUCAGACGUGGUAGCCUGAUCCAAUCACAGUGCUUCCCCAUAGGAUUGGCUGAGACUGACAAAGAGGUAGAUCAGGGGCAAAGCCAGCAUGAUUCAAACACAGCCCUGGCCAAUCAGCAUCUCCUCAUAGAGAUUAAUUGUAUCAAUGUAUCUCUAUGAGGAAAGUUCAGUCUCUGCAUGCAGAGGGAAGAGAUACUGAAUGUUUGGAUGCAUUUUAGGCAGCCAUGACCCAGGAAGGAUCUCUAACAGCCAUCUGAGGAAUGGCCAGUGAAGUUAUCACUAGGCUGUAAUGUAAACAAAGCAUUUUCUCUGAAAAGACAGUGUUUACAGCAAAAAUCCUGAAGGUAAUGAUUCUACUUACCAGAACAAAUUCAAUAAGCUGUAGUUGUUCUGGUGACUAUAGUGUCCCUUAAAGUCCCAUGCUUGAUAAUGUAUACCUAUUUCCAUAGUAAUACCAUGAGACUUUUGUUACACAGAAUGGAGCUAUUGCACACAUCUCGCAUGCCACAAAUAGCUUGCGGUGGCCUGAUUUUGCAACCUAUUUUUUUAUUUUUUAUAGCAAUUUUAUAGAAUUAUUUGAUUUUUAUCCAACUUUUUGUUUUUGAUCUUACUGUUCAUAUAAAUAUUUGAACAAGUAGUGUCCUGUAGGACCAUGUACUAUAACGUUACCGACAUUUGCCAGUGGUGAUGCCCUCAGGAAAUCUAUGCUGGCUGGUUACGUGAGAAUACACCUUUUAAUUUUCUGGUUGGGUUGAGAGCUGGCAUACGUUGGAUCCCUUGGACAUUUUGCAAGUCUUUGAUCACUCCGGCUAUAUUGUGGAGGGGGCCUGAAGCUGCUGUUAACCACCUGAGUGCCUGUGAGUUGACCAGUACAAUGCUUUGAUCUACAUUAUGUGCUGUUCUGGCACACAAAUGGUUAACCUCCAACACGCCAUUGAAACAUGUAUUAUAAUACAGUAGUAUGUAUAGCUUCACUUGAGUAUGCUUUGCCUCUUAGUACAUUUGUUAAGUAUAUGUAGUAUCAGAGUCAAUCUGUUUAAUUAAUCUUUGGAUUUUCUAAUUGCAGCAAAUCAGAUUUAAGAUAUUUAGAUGCCAGGAGCAAUCACUUUUCAGUUUAACCAUGUGCCACAGCACAAGGGAAAUUAAGCUCUACAGAAUAUUAAAACUACAUAUCCAAAGUUAAAUUCAGAGCCUAUAUUCUGCUCUGUGUAUGGAGCAUUACAUUUAUGUGAAAAUAAUAUCCAGAAUUGCCUCUAGAGGCUAGAAUCAGAUACCCUACAAAUUACUGCAUUGAUUGUUCUAAAGUAAAUAUAUCAACCGAUUUCUCCUAGGACCUAAUUAGUGAAAGCUUCCUUCUGUGUAACUGUAUAGCUGCUUAAAUCGCAAAUAGUGAUCCAUGGUUACACAGUUUAUAUAUGCUUUACUACCUCAUUCAUGACAAUUACUAUUUCUGUAAAGGGUUGCCAUGCCUUUACUGGAUUAUGUGAUAUCUACAUUAUUGGGCCUUGAUUUUCAUACUGUUUGAAGUAUGCAGUAAAUGAUGAUUAGUAAACUUGCGUUAAAAAGGAUUUAUCCAUUUUAGCCUCUGAUGUAGAAGAUUUGUGGUAAAUAAUACACGCAAGGAAGGGGCAUGGCGCUUAUAAUGUGGAUACACUCACAUUAGUUAUAUGAAUAUAUAUAUGAAAUCACAUACUGGUUGCUUUCUUAAUCAACACGUUAGUCGCAUUACUUGUGUUCCUCUACUUGAGUUUGAUUUACCGUUAAAGGGUGUAUAGAUCAUGCCCCUGCAGCAUCACUGCUAAAUUCUAUGCCAUUUAGAAUUUAAAUCACUUUAUGCAGCCAUAGUAACACCUCCAUGCAUGUGACAUACACUGCCUUCCUUAACACUUCCUGUAACUUUCAUCUAAUGUUUGCACUUCCUUUAUUGCAAAGUCUGUUAAAUUUAGAAUUUCUUAUCACUUGCAGGAGCCUCCUGCAUGUACUUAAAGUUCAAUUUACAGAGCAGGGGAUGAAAAUAUUUAAAGUAAGUUGCAUCUGAUUGAAAAUUAAACCAUUUUGUUUUCAUGCUGGCUUUGUGAGUCACAGCUACCGGUGAUGUGGCUAGGGCUGCAUAAACAGAAACAAAAGUGAUUUAACUCAUAAAUGGCAGAUAAUGUCGAAGUGAGACUGCAGAGGCAUGAUCUAUGCACAAAAACUGAUUAAGUUACAGUUGUUUGGUGACUAUAGUGUCCCUUUAAUACAUAUCUGCAGUGGAAAACCAACACACAGCCAAGUCCUCAGUUACCAUUAUUUCAUGCUGUUGAUUUAGUGAGACUAUUAAUUUGCACGGUGUGUCUGCUAACAUUCUCUACAUACAAUUUGUCCAUUCACAAGCCAGUGAAGUGUCAUAUACUUUGCAGGCUGUCUUAUGAAUGCCCCUCUUUGGCAUGCUCCAAUGGAAAAUAUUCGAAGAUCAUUUCAACAUUUGUUCAGGACACUUUAUAACCACAAACUUUAUGGCUUCAGUUUCUAUUAACGAGUUUAGGGCUGAGGGUAUUAUGAGCAUUAUAGAAGAUUGUCGUGAUAUCCUACAUACAUAUGUAAUUAUAAGGGUGUUAUUUAUAACUCUGUGGAUGACCUUCCCAGUGGCAUCUUCUAUCUUUAAACUUCAAUUUAAUAUAUCUAUUUUUUUAAAUCAGUUUAUUGAUUUUUCAGAAUAUGUAAUGAUGAAUCAGAGAUUAAUAUAAAGAGACACGCAGGUCCCGAACAUUGCAAUAGCGUUCAAUCAUAGAAUAACAGUGUCAUAUUAGUAAACAAUGUUUUUAAGUUACAUCAAUUACAACCAAGUAAGUGAGUUUCCCUUGCAGAAAUACCUGAGUAUAUGCGCCACUAUUUCUAUGACAAUACCCCUAAGUGUACCAGGGGUGAAUAGGUAAUAGUAAAACUAGCGAAAGAUUAUGAUACCGUAUGGAAGAUUAAUAUUGUGAGUCUCUAUCGCUCUAUUUGGUUGUGCACACCAACUAUGUUGCAAAAGUGAAGGUAGGAGCCGCACUCAAUUCCAGCAGCUACCCGGUGCUCCGGAGCAGGACCAGCAAUCCCACAACGACAAGGCAAUGAAAGAAAUUCCCCAGGCACUCAAGGUGUUAAAGCCGCAGGCAGUUUUAAUGAAACAAAAAAAGAACAGCAACGUUUUAACCUACAAGGCUUGACAAAGACCUCAUAGUAGGUAGAAACGUUGCUGUUCUUUUUUGUUUAAUUAAAACUGCCUGCGGCUUUAACACCUUGAGUGCCUGGAGAAUUUCUUUCAGUGCAUACCAACUAUGUCACUACAUCCCACAUAUACAUGUGUGGUCUUCAGUUGUCCCUUCCCAUUAAUGACGAGGAGAGAUGUAUAUCGAGUAGAGGUGUCUCUGAGAAACAGAGUGAAGAGUCAACAUGAUUAGAGGAGAAAAAAGGGGGGGGCAUAGAGGGGUGGGGGAAUAAUGGACGUAUAAGCAUACUGUAAUAGGUUCCAAUUUUGGUCUCCAUUUGCAAGUAUUUUUUGUGUGCAUUAACUUGGUGUAAUAUUUAUUUUAUGUUUUGUGCUUUCUAAAUUAUAUAUACUCUAGUAUAAGCCGAGUUUUUCGGCACAUUUUUUGUGCUGAAAAAGCCCCACUCGGCUUAUACUCGAGUCAAGGUCUGUAUUAUGGCAACUUACUUGUUGGGGGCCGGAGCAAGCUCUUACGUACCUUUGUAGCAGCUCCGGUCAGCUCUGUUCAGCUCUGUUCAGCUCACAGUGUAAGUCUCGCGACACCUGCGGCCGUCAGACUUACACUGUGAGCUGAACGGGGGAGCUGAACAGUGCUGACCGGAGCCGCUACAUAGGUAAGUAAGAGCUUGCUCUGCCCCCUUCCCCCCCCCUGCACAGCCCAUGCCCAUAAAUUAUUUUAUUUACUAUAUAAACUGUACAUCUUUGAUACACAGAGUGGGGAGGUGAGUUGAGCUCUCAAUUUGUUUAGUAAUAGGGCAUAAUAUGUUGCUCUUUGGUUUUGGAAUAUAUCCUAAUUUGAACCACCAGGGAUUCACAUAGCCCGCCUCCCUGUCCAGGUAACAAGCAGGGAGGGGGGCUAAAAAUAAAAUUAAACAAUUCAAUAAAAAAAAUAAUAAAAAUAUUAAAAUAAUAAAAAUAUUUAAAUAAUAAAAAUAUUAAAAUAAUAAAAAUAUUUAAAUAAUAAAAAUGCCCUCCCCCCACCCAGUUUACACACACUACACAAACGCACACACACACUCUGCAUCAUAUACACACACACUCUGCAUUCAUUAUACACACACACUGCAUUCAUACAAACACACACUGCAUUCAUACAAACACACACUGCAUUAUAUACUCACACUGCAUACAUUCACACACACACUCUGCAUUAUAUACACACACACACACACACACACACACACACACACACUGCAUUCAUUAUAUACAUACACUACACAAACACACACACACUGCAUUCAUUAUAUACAUACACUGUAAAUAACUAUUCAAUUAAUAUAAUUUUGGGGGGAUAUAAUUUUAUUUAUAAAUUUACCGGUAGCUGCUGCAUUUCCCACCCUAGGCUUAUACUCGAGUCAAUAAGUUUUCCCAGUUUUUUGUGGUAAAAUUAGGGGCCUCAAAUUAUAUUUGGGUCGACUUAUACUCGAGUACAUGUGGUAAUAGUAUAACAUGGAAGCAAAUGAUCUCUAAAUUUUCACCUUUCUUGCAGUGGGAUUUUGAAGAUUUGAACCAAGAUUGGAGCAAGGACAUUGAUGUUCCAGAUAUAAACCCCAAUGACAGUUCAAUCCUGAGCGUUGGCACUGAAACCUCAAGUCGCACUCAGACAUAGGUCUGCCUUCAGAGAGAAGAAUGCUGGUUGUCUAUCUAGAUGCACCAUAACUGUGAAAGCAGCACUGUUCCAUUUCUGUUGAGAUGCCGACUUAUUAUCCUCAUGGCUACUGAAAAUUUCAAGAGAGACCCUAACCGUUUAAAAUGAUUUCAGAAAAAGGUCUUGCACCUCUCAACUUAUCUUCUUGUCUUCCAUUGAUGUCCACCAACAUUAGAUGAAUUGUUUGCUGAGUUAUUAAAAGGUUGCAUCAAUGCAGCAGCACAGAUUAUUAUUAAAACUGUGAUGAUCUUAAGCAAACUAUUUUAAAAUAUAUUAAUGUGAAGUAUUUUUGUUUGUUUUUUGAAAAUAACUUUCAGUUGGUUGACUAAAAUAAGGGAAUAAAGAACAUUUCUGUAAGUGUUGAUAUGUAAAAUAAUGACUUUUUUGUAUUUUGUUUCUAGCACAAUUUACCUCCAAGCUUUUGGUAUACAAAGACCUAUGUUUAAUAAACAA